GAGCCUGCCCCUGACUGUAACACGGCCCAGAGAGCUCCUCUCAGCGCUCUCUCCUCGUAGUGUAUAUUUUAGCCCUGCCUCGGCUGCUUUCCUUCCCCCUGUGCCGCCAUUAAAGCCUGUCAGUUUUGUGGUAGGGGGAAUCGGGAAGAGGAUGAAAAUGAUUUAAUGCACUCAAGCAAACGGCAGAGGGACGGGUCUUGGGGGGGUUCUCGCUCUGCGGUAUGUAUGGACCCUCAGUUGCCACCUAAACGGCACCCCAAAGAAGUAAAAAUGCGGUUAGUGUCGGCCAAGUAGAGCCCGAGCUCAGAUUGGAGUGGGUUUCGGGGGGUGGCGGCGGUGGUGGUGGUGGAGGGGGGAUAUCCCAUUUGUUUUGGCUGCAGUGGGAAACCGAGGAGAGUAAACACAGCAAAGCAAAGGUAAGCGCUUCAACGUCGGCUUGUGGAGUUGAUAAGGGCCUCUCAAACGGCUACAUAAUCCCGUAAUGUUAGCGAGCAGUCUGCUAGCUCGGUUUUUAAUUCCUGGCUGGCAACCGAACGAACGUUGCCUGGUUGUCAUGGAGGAUAACUACCAGCUAGUGAGCUCGUGCUGCGUCUGUUAACACGCGACACAGUGUUAAUAGUUAAUCUCUAAGUUAAAUAAUGUUCGCUGUAAAUGCAGACAAAGCUACCCGACUACUCUUUUGAAUCAACCCUAGCUUGCUGUUUGUUUUUCGCUCAAUUCCCACUGUUCUAACUCACUUAACAAUUCGCUUGUCGCUAAUAAACAGGUCGGACUACCUUAGCUCGCUAUUAAAUAUGCAUACGCUCUUGUUUUCGCGCAGCUAUCUCUCAGAUGUGUGUUUGUAAACUUGGAGGCGUGGUGUAAACACAGCAACUUACAACCAACUCUUGCCUGAGCGGCCCCUUGCAAGGUUAACGUUGUCUUAUUACUUUUAGGGUUCAGAACAAGGGCACAUGUGGUUUGAAUCCUCAAGUUUCAUAUGUAGGUUUUAGGGUGAAUUUAGUUUCAGUGCAUCUGUAAGUGUCUUAACUAGUCACGCGCUUCCCUGCUGGGUAUUUGGUUUCAUAUGUCCUUGUCUCUUGUUACCCAGCUCGGUUGUAGGGUACAUUUGCGUAACUUACUGUAUGUGUUACAGUUCAGAGGUGGGUUUCAGAUGUAGCUGGAGUGUUACCUUCCAGUUGUUUGCUUUGUGGGACUGUAAACAUCGCUUCCUUUGAACAUUUACUGCGAAUUAGUGCCAGAUUAGGAAUUGACAGGACUGCAUUUCUUUGCAGUCCAAGGGUUUGCCUGUAAACAUUCAAUGCCUAAGUGACACAGGUGGCUUUAAAGAAAGAGCUUUACCACCUUAAACAUGGGAAGAUAUGCACAUUUUACUCUUCGUUAUUUCAACUUUUGCAAAGUGUUUUUUGCUCAUGAUUUAGUGUGAAUUUACUUGGUAUAAUAUCCAGAUGUCCUGCUAAAACACCCUUUAUUUCUGUUUGACCCCAGUGGACUGCUUGCUGUGUUAUCUCCUUGAGAGUGGAUCUGCCGAGCUGAGAACCCCUCUGAACGGCAGGAAGCCCCCCUCAGCGGUGGUGCGACGAUGACCGAGCUGGUUGCCAAGUGGGCCUGUGAAUACUGCACAUACGAGAACUGGCCGUCAGCCAUCAAGUGCACCAUGUGCCGCGCUCAGAGGCCCAGCGGGAGUGCCAUCAUUACUGAGGAGCCCUUCAAGAGCAGCCCUGCUCUGGAUGCCAGUCUGCACCAGUGGGACCCUGCAGGCCUCAGCAACAGCCCGUCCCAAGGGGGCUCCAGCUUACUUAUUUGUCCAGACUCCAGUGCACGACCCCGUGUUCGCAUUGCUGAUGUACCCGAGACUAGUAGCAAGUGGUCAUGCCACAUGUGCACCUACCUGAACUGGCCUCGGGCCAUUCGUUGCACUCAGUGCCUGUGCCAGAGGCAACAGGCCCAACAACAACAACAGCAGCAGCAUGGGCAACAUACAACCCAUCAAGGACUUCAUACCCAGCAGCCACGCAGCCCCACAGAAUCACCCCAGACCUCAAGCUCUGGAUGCCGCCCUGCUCCCCCAGCCACGACUACAGACCCCUGUGAGGAAUACAAUGACCGUAACAGGCUCAACACUCAUACACAGCACUGGACCUGCACUGCCUGCACUUAUGAGAACUGGGCCAAGGCACUAAAGUGUGUGGUUUGUGACCACCCAAGGCCAAAUAGUCUGCUAGCCGAACCCAUUGAACUGGCAUCAGAGCCUGAGAGCCAACAACCCUCCUCCAAACUUAACGAACAGGACAGGGACAACAGGAGGGGCGUUGUUGGACAUGUGGUAGGGCAGGGAGUCGGGAGCGGGGUAGGUGGGCUGGGGGGUUGUAGCAGCAGCCAGAGGAGGUCACCCCCAACAUCCAAGCGAGAGUCAGAGGUAAACAUGGACUUUCAACGGAUUGAACUUGCGUCGGGAGCAGGUAUUGGGAGCAAAGAGGAGCUGGAGGUGGAUUUCAAAAAACUGAAGCAGAUCAAAAACAGGAUGAGAAGAAUUGAUUGGCUGUUCCUCAAUGCCUGUGUUGGUGAGUUUAAAAACAUGUACGCUUCGUGAAGUUGCUCUUUUUUCCCGUGCAGUGAGUCAAAUGAAUGAUGUGAGGCUGUCUAAAAGAGGACUGAGUGACUGUGAAAGAGGAUCUACAUGAUUUUUGUGGAUAAAUGCGUAUUUAACCAUCUGCUAGGAAUUGAGUUGCGAUUCAGUUGAUAUAGCGUGGUCCAGAUGAGUCAGAUUUGAUAUUACAAGUAUAUGCUUAGAAAUCCCCUGCAUUCAGCUGUUGUAGAACUUCACUACACAAACUCUGUGUCCGGCCACCCACACUGUCGACCGAUGGAUGUGGGAGGAAGGAUGAACAUUUAAAGAACAAGUACUGUUGGCUUUUUCUCACUCUCUCACACCACUAUCUCUGUCUUUCUCUGGCCUUUGCCAUGCCCACAUAGAGUUUGUUCUGCACACCCACUGAAGCAGCAAUUUCUUUUCUUUUGAUAUUCCACUAAAGUCUGUGGUGUGAUGAAUAGGUAUAUGGUUUGUAUGUCCCUAGAGCAAAGGAAAUACAGGGUGCUAAUGUCAAAGAAGCAUCAGUGUGGCUUGUCUGGCCCUAGUCUGGGUCGCUUACUCCAAGUGACACAGUGAAUUCCCUCUUGCCUGAGCUGCUUCUCCCCUCAGGACCUAGUCUAGUGUGGUCUAAAAACCUGAUGUGAGUGGGUAUGUUUUCUUUCAGCAUAUUAAAGCAUUAGCUGACAUUAUCUUAUCUGAAAGGCCCUACCUUUUCUAUGCUUCCUUAAAAGAAAUGGCUGGAUAUUGUUCCCCUUUCUCUAACCAAAUUCAUGUUCUGUGUAAAGGUCUGCAGUCAAAUUAUUUUUCCCUGAGUGACAUCUCUCUGUUUUUUUCCUUGGUUACACCAUUAAUCACUUAGUCUUGGGAAAAUACCAGUAACAGUUUCCCAGACUGCAAGUAGACGUGUAUGUUUGUUUUUUCCGACCAACAAUUCCAGACCUGAAAAUAUUUACUUGACUGCCAUAGAAAAUAAGAGGCAUAUAAACACUAAGGGAAAGACACCCUUUUUGGUCAAACAAGACACUUUAAUAAUAGAUUGAUAAUCAGAAAGUAUAUGAUUGUUUAUUGACUAAGAGUUCAUUAUGCAAUUAUUUAUCUUUAUUCUGGCAUUUUUGACGGGCAAGACACAAUAAUUUCUUUGCCUUACUGUCGUCAGAGACCGGAGAUGAUAAUGAUGAUGAUGAUGAUGAUAAUAAUUCAGAAAUGUUACAUACUUGAAUGUAUCAGCCACAUUCAAUUGUAAAGUGAUAGCUUCAACAGAAUUGUAGAUGGAUAUUCAGGGAACACAUCCUGCUACACACAGAUGACAUUGAUUGCCUGUGAUACCUCAUAUUACCAGGUUCAGCCAUCAGUAUGAACUAUUGUACCGUCAUGCAAAGCCUUGAAAUCAUGUCUGGGGAUAAUACCGUGUACUUUCAGGACAAUACUUUGUUUGCUUUGGUAAUAGAAACACUAGAAUAACAGCCAUAGUCACAAUUGGCUUAAUCCCAUGUUGACCUCUAGUAAUACCAGUGCAAUCAAAUAGGGCAAAGAGUAAGUUUCUAUAAACAAGAGACAAAGUGAUGCAUGAAGGAGAUGCUGUCCACACUCGUACUACAUUAUAAAUCAAAUUAUUACCAAAUUACAAAUGAAUACCAUAUAUCAGUAAGGAUGCCUCAAUGUCUUUCAAUCUUGUUCUCUAUUUGCAAUAAAAUAUACAAAAAUGCAUUUGUUUGGCUCAGACCACGACCAGGUUUAUAAAUCUCGAUUUUAAUAGUUUUUGACAGACAGUAUAAACACUGAUGCAAACUGCAUCUUCUUAACUAGAGGCAAAUAGUGAACAAUUAUAUCUGUGUAAAGGAUGAGAGGACUUUUUCCCCAAGUCCUGAUACCUUUAUCCACACCACAAAAGCAACAAAAUUACUUUGUGUGUGUGUGUUGGAUCUGGUGAAAUGAUCUUUUAAUAAUGUCUUAUAAGUAGAGUGAAAAAAAAUUAGUAGUUUGAUGUGAGGAUCUUGUGAGGUGCAGGGGUGAAAAGCAACAGUUCACAUUUACUCAUGUUACUUGAGUGAGGAGCUUUUUGUGUACUUGUACUUUGAAUAGUUUUUAAAAUGAGUGCUUGAACUAAUUUUUUUCUGUGGAAAGUAUUGUACUGAACUAAAUUUUGCUGAGUUAAAAAAUGCCAAAAAUAGACAACCUUUCCAUAAACUGCAUCACAGCUAUGUGAUUAAAAGAGCUUCUCUUUUGCUUGAGUAAGAUAUUUAACACUCAUAGCACUUCUAGUGAGCAACAUGGUUUACCUGGUUAAAUAUGCUAAUGUUAUGCAUAAACACAGUUAAAUGCCAAUACACUCUUAAAGUGUUAUGUGUAUACUCUCAUAGUCUAUCAUUGGAAAAAACAAAGAAUACUCAAAUUUUGUUGUACUUGCCAAAAUAAGUCAGCCUUUUCCACUUAGCUAACACAUAACUUGUUUUUUGACCCCGAGAAAGAACUUCACAUGUCGGUUUAUUACUCACUGAAGUGGCUAGUUUAACAAGCACCGAUCACAAGAAGCCUUCAGACUAUUACUAUUUGUCUGACUGUUCUUUUUUUCCACCAAAAAAGGGAACAUGAACUGCUUGGAGGGGAAAGACCAGCAGCACUUUGUUUGAUCCAUGCUGUCUCAUCAGUCUGUCUUAAAGAGCACGCCUGUUUGCGUAUUUGCACCUUUUGUGCUUUCUAAAAGAUCAGUAGGUACAGUACUGACUGUAGGGCUGCAGGCACGCCCACACUAAUGGAGUGUUUUGUGGAAAGUGGUUGUGAUCCCUCUCUAUCUCACUGCGCUGCUAUUGUGUAGUUUCUCUCCUCAUCUCGCACAGUGCCAGCCAACUCCACAUGGCACAGCUAGUCCUUCCACCCACUCCACGUCUCUCUCGCUCUCGGUCUUACUCACAUACAGAUUAUGUUGCCGAGCAUUGUGUGUGGUCCUUUUGACGUGAGAACAAAAGCUCAGCAGUGUUUUAAUGCUGUCAAAUGUACCAGAGAAUACUGCAUGGAUGGGCCUUUACUGUACAUGCUAGAAAUGGAAAGAGAUUUAGAGGAGCGUCAAAAUGAAUUCACACCAUGAGGUUUUGAUGCCAUUUGAUUCUGUCACAAAAGCACACCUUUCACUCUUCUUGUACUGGGACCAUUAUAAGCCAUAACUCGCUGAGACAGCAGUUCUAUCAUGAUUUCAAUGGCUAGCAUCAAUACUGAAAACAAAAGCAGAUGGCUUUUAUCGUGUCUGGCUUUUUAUACAGGUCAUUUUUCCCUCUUUUUUUUUCCUGGUGCUUUGUUCCAUAAUCUAGUGUUAUAGGACUGCUCAACACUUAUCAUGCACAUAAGAUCAUAGAGAAUUCGGAAAGAUGAAAUAUUGUACCAUAACAGCAUCCAAUGUGUAUCGAUACACUACAAAAAUACCAACUCGAUCCCGGGAGCCAGUUUGUCUUUUAAAAUAAGGUCAUGUAAUAGAUCCAGGGCCCGACCAAUAUGGAUUUUUGGGGGCCAAUUACUAGGAGAAAAAAAAAUAUGAUUACCGGCUGCCUUACCAGCUGCCUCAGUAAGAGAAGUAGCUCGAUCAUGUAAUGUGUACUGUUGUCUAUUCUACCGUUACUGGCACGGCUAACAGUAUAGCAAGGCUAAUAGCAGGUGGCUAACUCUAACUUUAGCUUGCAUACUACAUGGUGCUUCGCCAUUAACUCGGCGUGACCGAGACCAGCACAGCGGGGAACAUUGUGAAGUGGGUUGAAGUGAAACUUGUUGACUAAACUUGUUGACUGUGCUGUGAGGUAGUUAGUGGAUGAAGGUUGUCAUGAGGUCGCUGCGCCAUCUACAGGAUAAGUCGGGGAACUUUUCAAAUGGCAGGACAUUUUCCGAAUCUUGAAAACCGUGAAACCGAACCUUAUUCUCUGCCUUUUAUUUCUGAAAAUAUUGGCGAAAAUCGGUGAGUUUUGGCCGAUUACUGAUUAGUCUCAAGCGGGCUAAAAUUGGCCGAUUUGAUCGACUCGCCAUUAAAUUGGUCGGGCCCUUGUUAGAUCUCUAUAAUCAUAUCCUGCUCAGCAUCCUAACUUCAAAGUCAGAUAAUAUUGAUUUUGUCGGCUUUUUUCCUCCUCUGCUUGUAAGAAGGUUUGUAGUUUGACUGGUUUGAGAAGUCUGUAAUUUGAGGUUGUGUGCCAGUGGUUGAUAUAAACUGCUUCUGUCAGACUUGGUGCCAGAAAUCCUCAUAAAAGCAAACACCUACAUCUGUCUGAUCAAACAUUUCCUGCAGGCUUCAUGCCUGAGAGAUCUGAGCCUGAAGAUUACGAGGGGAAAAAUAACUGACGGACUACAAUGUGGCCUGCUAUUGUCUUCUCCCCUUGACUUCAAAGUCAGCGAAGUCUCAGAGCUGUUACAGCUGUGACAGAGAUAAAGCACAUUCUGAUCUCUAACAAUUUAUUCUGGUUGAGCACAGAGAGUCCUUUCCACAAGGUUAUUCUAUUGAUAAGUGAGUUUUGCAUCUGUGCACAGUUGUGUUUUGUUUAUAACCACCAUGUUGAGUGUGUUUUUGCAUUUUCUUCAAACACCAAGUUAACUCAGAAACUCCUGUUUUGUACUAAUAAGAUAAUUUGAUUUCAAGUAGCACAGUUCAUUUUGUAAUUAACAGCUAUGACUUGGAUUGUAAGUGCACAUUCAAACUGCUCUCUUACCGUUGAUUUGACCCCAUCUAUAACGUAAAAAAAUAAUUAAAAGCCUGAAAAACAGGUGUCAUUUGUAAGUGUCAUCAUUUAUGUGACCUUUCUCUGUUCCUCUUUGUCUGAAAGGUGUCGUGGAAGGCGACCUGGCAGCUGUGGAGGCCUACAAGUCAUCAGGAGGUGACAUCGCACGGCAGCUAACAUCAGACGAGGUGCGACUAUUAAACCGGCCCUCAGCAUUUGACGAUGGCUUCACGUUGGUCCACCUCGCCAUCCGCUUCCAGAGACAGGACAUGCUGGCGGUGUUACUUACUGAGGUCAGUGGAGACAACAGAAACAGUGCAGUCACAUAUUAUACAAUGACCACAUAUUGGAUGCCACCACUUCUAAUAAAUGUUGUCACUCACAGGUGAGUGUUGAUCAAAUUGUACGAAUUCAGUUUUAACUGAAUUUUGUUUUAUAUGCUUCACUCAGCCAGUACACUAAUACAAUAGGGGUGGGAGAAAAAAUCGAUACAGCAUAGUACCGCAAUAUUUUGUCUGGUGAUAUAUCAUUGACCAAGUAUCGAUUUUUCAAAUUAAUUGCUAAUAUGAUAAUGUAAAAUUAAAAUCAACUGUUUGUCCAGUGAGGUUGGCAGAGGUGACAUCAUAGAGCAGCAGAAAGUUAGUACAACAAAUAUAUAACGUUUGCAAGAUGUGCUACAUGAAAAUAAAAUACAAGGUAAAUAAGACAAACAUAAAAGAAGGACAAAUGCUAAACUAGCUAAACUGUUGAAAAAUAUUUAUGAAUUCCAAUACUUGCUUUACUGCCAAAUAUAAAGAAUCACAAUAAUAUUGUAUUGUUGCCCAAGUAUCGUGAUAAUAAUGUAUCUUGGGGCCACUAGUGAUUCCCACCCCAAUUAUACAACCAUGGUAUUAAAUACACAUUAUAAUAAUUUCAUAUUCAGCCGGUAAUACACUAAUUCAAACAUACUUAGGAGCAUAAUAACCCAUUUCCACCAAGCCUGUUCUUCUAUAUUCUACACACUGCACAUUUAGAUAGCUGUACUUUGAUUUGAGAACAUGUUGAUGUUAUGUUGAGGUAUGAUUGUAUCUUCAUUUGGAUCUUCAAAAUAAGAGGGUAAAAACUAAAUUAUAGUCAAGUUGCUGCAGUGGUUUGCCUUCACUUCUGAUAUGUUUCACCUUUUACUGGUAGAGUGUCUUGAUCUCAACUUCAGAUGAGAUCAACCAGGGGGAGAAAUCACAGGAGCGAAGAGAUUUGAGUGAAAAAAGAGGCUGAAAAUCAGCAGCACAGAGAUCUGAUCCAAAGAGGCCUCUUGCACAGAACAUUAUCAUUGUCAUCAUCUCUGAUACUAUAGCUGUUCAAAUAUUUUGUGUCGUUACAGAUUUUUCUUUUCCAGAUAGUUACAACACAGAGGCUCAGAGCUAAUAUAAAUGUGUGUCCGCAGUGUUCAGGCACUGAGUUGCACUGCAGCCUGCUUGCCGUCAGCACUGUGAUCCCAGAUUAUCCACACACACACACACACACACACGCACACACCUCUCCUCCCACUCCGAGGCUCUGUCCUAGUUUCUCUUACAAAGGGGGGGGUCAGUGAGUAACCACUGGAUCAUACCCCAAAAUGAAUCAGAUCUGCUUGAACAUCAAGUACAGGAACACUUCUUUCCCUCCUCUUGUCCUCAAGGUAAUUUAGAUUAGAUUAGUGGAAGUAAAAUUAGCUCAGGUUUCAAAGUCAACCCUCUAGACAACAACAAAAAAAAAUUAAUGGCUUUUGGAGCCUAUCAGUCUGUCGUGAUAGAGAAAUUAUUCUACUCAGAGAGACGAUGUUCAAGUUUUAUCAAAGUGUGGUGUGAAAAAUUCGAGGCAGCUAACGCCCUUAAGCAGCAUCUGAUACAGUGACAGAGUGCAGCUGAAUCACCAGAAUGCUGCAUGCUGUACAUUUGCAUCAUGUUUAUUUUAAUAGUUGUUUGUGAAAUCCUCAGCACGUCUUAUGAGCAUAGAUUGUCAGUUUCACACAUUUAGAUCAUGCUUCUUUCCCGGUAUCCUCCCCUUCCUGCAGGUGUCCCAGCAGGCAGCCAAGUGUAUCCCAGCUAUGGUUUGUCCUGAGCUAACGGAGCAAAUACGCCGUGAGGUUGCAGCCUCUCUUCACCAACGCAAGGGGGAUUUCACCUGUUACUUCCUCACCGACUUGGUAACCUUCACCCUGCCUGCAGGUCAGCACCUGAUCAAGCCUAACCAAAAACAAGUGCGCCUUGUGGCUCAAAAACAACUCUCAUGUCACAAGUUCCAAAAGCCGAAAUUCCAGAAGCUGUCAGAGUGUACUUUUUGUGUUUUGUAUAAGAGAAACUUAAAGCUCUGUUGCUGCUGCUGCCAAGUCUUGCUGUCCCCUCUGGCUUGCCAAGUGUGUGAUAGAAUGCUUGUUUUGUUUACUUGUGGCAUAUGAAAUUGCUUGUUGUUCAAAUGCUGAGGGGACAUAAUGCUACGGUUGUCUGUUUCCAACUGCCAGAAGACAGAGGCCACCUCUGGCUCACUGUUCGAGUAUUGUUCUUGCAUACCAAGUAUACCAGCCCGCCAACAAUCCAUGUGUCUCAUUUAUUAUAAAUAUAUAUAUUUAGCUUUUUUCCCAGUUAGUCUUUGUGAAAAUCCAUGCACCUAAUGCUGCUCCUGUUGAAUUUCUUUGUGUGGAAUCGUCGUUGAGGCUCAGUUUGUUGCUGGUAGCUAAGCUAAGGAUUUUUGUUAUGCAGUGUUUUCAGGACAAUGCAGACAUUGGCUUCUGGCCACUAUAGAAAGCCACUCUGUUCAGUUCCACAAAGUCAAUGCAUUCAUUUAAUUUAGCCAAAGAAUAAGCUUCUGUUUUGUGGAGAGCUCCCAGCAUGCAGAGAAAGCCCGUGGCUAUUGUGGACAGAACAAAACAUGAUGGCUUGAGCCACAAGAGAAAACACCUCUAGUCUGUCUUUUCACUUGUUUCAGCUGAGUGUUAUCGCUAGCUUCAUUAGAAUUAAUACAUUUAAUACAAGACAAGAAAAGCUAGUAUGUAACUGAUAAAACACUUGUGAACCCUCUUCAGUUUUCUGUCAUUCACUUUUCCCUUUUUUUUCAUCUUUCAGACAUUGAAGACUUGCCCCCAGCAGUUCAAGAAAAACUGUUUGAUGAGGUGCUGGAUAGAGACGUACAAAAAGGUGACUUAAUUAUUCUUCAAUAACUUGCAGCAACGUCUCACAUCGUGUGCAAACUUAAAUGCAAUCGCUUUUUCGAAGAAGAAAAAAUACAUCAGAUAAAAGAUGGAGGAGAUAGUCUGGCUGCUCUGCCAACAGAGAGGGAGACUAUCACAGAUGUAUACCAUAAUAAAAAAACAACAACAGAUUCAUGUUGUUUGUGUUUUUCCCUCUUGAACACAGUGUUCCACUGGUCUGUGUCACACCCUGCCAGGCAGUCGGUCUCUAUCACGUCUGCCAGUUGCUGCCAUCCUAAUCAGCCUAAUUGAGUUUUAGGGAUUUCUCUGAUCCCUGUUCGAUGAUAGUACUUUGUCUGAACCCUCAACACCCUUAUUAGUGCGUCUAGUUACAAGUCUAGUUUCUUUUUUCUUGCUGCAGUAUAGAUACAGAGAAACAGAAACCCUAAUUUCACCUUCAAGAUCCGUCUGUGUGUGUUUGCACUUCAUUGAUGAGUUUUUGCAGAGGUAAAAAACCUUAUUGUUGUGAGGCUAUGGGAGUACAACAAGGUCAGUUUCUGCUAAAAAUCUAAUCACCUGGAGCAAAUAUAGGAGGAUUUAGUGAGUGUGAGUUUACAGAAAAUAACAAAGCAGGAAAAGAACUUCUAUAGUUAAGUAUUUUAAUGAAAGGAUAUAUUGUUUUUAAGGGUGUUUCAUAUGUUUAAUUUGUUUCAUGCUUGACUGCAAAAUACAGAACACCAGUGUACUCAGAUCAAUGAGAUGUUCUUAAUAGAAGACUGUGUGCUCCUCUAUUACAAAGCUACUUCUGUCAAUGCACCAUCAGUCCAUAACUCAACCCUCAGGAAAGUUAUCAUGGUCAUACCUCAUCACUGACCACGGGCAAACCCAGCAUAAUUCGAUUUCAAAGCAUUCAGCCAUCACAGACUUCCACUUGAAUAUUAAAAACAACAGUCUGUUUUGUCUCCUGCUGGGUUGUUGCUGUGCCAUGACACUGCACUGAAGAAAAUCAUCAAUGUUUCCACUGUUUACCAAGAGGCUGAAAGAGCCUCACAAUGCAGCUCAGAGCACUGACUGUUGUGUUUUUGAUAUGCACCCCAUAAACAGCAGAAGUUAAUGGUGUCCCUUGCACUUAUGAUUUUGUCACAGAUUUUUAAAACUUGACUGAAUGCUGUAAUUUUAUCAAUUUCAAUCCAUUUGACAACCGGCUCCUGGCAAUGAGAGUAAUUUCUCUGGUGUUCAUACAGACUCAUGUAAAACAUUAUUUAGACAAAUCUCUUGCCAAAGGUAGCAGUGAUAAAUAUUGUCAAGAACAGUUCUUUUAAAUGUCAUCCUGUCCCGUUCAACACUGCAGCCUCCCAUACUUGCAUUAUUUUGUUCAACUCUUCAAUCACUAGUAGUUUUAUUUUUAAAAUCACUUCUUUUUCAGAACUUGAAGAGGAGUCUCCCAUCAUCAACUGGUCUUUGGAGCUUGGGACGAGGUUGGACAGUCGUCUGUACGCUCUGUGGAACCGCACCGCUGGCGACUGUCUCCUUGACUCUGUGCUGCAAGCGACGUGGGGCAUCUACGACAAAGACUCAGUGCUCCGCAAGACCCUCCACGACAGCCUGCACGACUGCUCUCACUGGUGAGGCCUGCCAGACCAGGGACUAGAGAUGCAGAUAGUUAUUAUCAGGAAUGGGGUUUGAAUAAUGCUUUAAAUUUAACAUAUUUAUACCACAGAAUUAAUGAGUGUGGUGUUUUUUAUUAAUUUCUUGAUCACUUGAUGCUAAAUAUGCUUGUCCUAAAAUAUUAUAUUACCAUCUUUAAGUUGUUGCUCACAGUUUAGAGGUUGAAAAAAAAGUCCAGUCUUGAGGUGUGAGAGACUUUAAACCACUUUAUUAAGAUGCAAAUUUUGAGAGGAGAUUGUAACACCGAUAAAGUCUGAAAGUGCAGGAUAGGGCUGGGCGAUAAACUGAAAAUUUACCGAUAUCAAAAUUUAUGACAAUGGCCGAUGUCACUUUGCCCAUGUUUAGUGUCGAAAAAAUAAACAAAUAAAAGUUGUUUUUGGAUGUGUGUAGGUAGGCUUUGGUCUCAUGUCCCUUUAAGAUACUGUCCUACAUCGGAAACGUGACUCCACCCCAUCCAGUCUGUAACGAAGAGGGAAAGAGGAGAUGGAGGACAGUUCAAAAGUUGUAGCGGCAGCUGAAGUAGAUAAAGUUAAUGAGGGAGGGGUUAAGCAGCUUGUGGAGUAGUUAUUGUCCAUUUAUCAUUAUCGAGGUGAACUGCUCAAUGUAUCGUGAUAUUGAUUUGAGGCCAAAUCGCCCAGCCCUAGUAUCUGCUUUCACAACACGAACAUAAAAGCCUGUAUCUAUUUGCAAGAUGUGUAUUCUAGUGGGAAAAAGACCAUUCAAGUAUCAUGACUAAUUGCAACCCUGCCUAAACCACAACAGUCAUGGAGUUCUGCCGUGACAAGUAGUCACCACCCUUCUCCACAGAGAGGUCAUAAAAUGUCACAGACAAAAAGAGCAUUUGUGUUUGUGUGUCCACAGGUUUUAUACACGCUGGAAGGAGUGGGAGUCGUGGUAUUCUCAGAGCUUCGGCCUACACUUUUCACUGCAGGAGGAACAGUGGCAGGAGGACUGGGCCUUCAUCCUCUCCCUGGCCAGUCAGGUAUACAGCGAGCAUGAAAGCCAACACACUCACACACACGCGUGGAGGCAGGGAGCAGGAUGUUCUUAAAGUGUGACACACUGUCGGUGUAUGAAUAAUUCAAGCAGCUUUACUGCUCCUCCUGCAGUAUACUUGAUCUGUAAUGCCCAGUGAAAGUGCAUCCUGUCUAUCAUCAGCACUUCCUCUCACCGCUCUGCGUGACCUCAUAGACCAAGUAUUUAGGCGGGUUGUUAUUAUCUCUGGGCGUGAGAGCAUGCUAAUUGUGUGUUUUAAUGUUUUAAUACUUGGCGGGGGAAAGUACAGUAUGCGAGGCUCUUUGUAGUUUCACUCAGAUCGGCCCUGUAACAGCUUUUUCCCCUCUCGUUGUGUUUUUCUUUCACAGCCGGGAUCCAGCCUGGAGCAGACCCACAUUUUCGUUCUUGCACACAUACUUCGUAGGCCCAUUAUCGUCUACGGAGUGAAGUAUUACAAAAGUUUCCGUGGCGAAACACUCGGGUACACUCGAUUUCAAGGUGGGUAUAAAAUUAAAUCUCCUGACUGAAGUUUUGGUGAUUAAAAUGUUGCGAGCAGCUGCAGUCCAGUGGGAGUAGGAGCUCUAGACUUCCUCUGUGAAAUCGCUCCGGCCUACAUGUGUCUGCAUAGCUUACAUAGCUGACAUAACUGCCCCUCUGAUCUGUCAGUAAUUGCUAUUUACAUCAUGUAUCUGUGUUAUGUCUUUCAUUUAAGGGGUAUUUUAGUCCUGCGUGACUCAAAAUAACAUGAGCAACAUAACAAAACAGCCCGCCUAAUAUAGGGGCAUAUUUAGAACUGUUUUGGAAUGCCAGGCAGUAUUACACACAUUUACACACAUGCACACACAUGCACUUUGGGUACAUUCCAACAUAUGUAACCCAUCAGAACCUGAGUCAAACAAUCCAGUGAGUGUGCGGAGCAGGGUGGACGUUUAUGGCUCGUAGUUAAAACAGCCUGGACUCAGUUCGCCUGCUGAGCGAUGCUAUACAGGGGAUGAUGAAAGUGCUCCGCGAUGGCCAACUGCUUGUGGUAAAGUCUGAUGGAUCUGUGAUUUACAGUUGCCAGGAGCCAAUGUAAAACAGAGAGAGAGAGAGCGGCGCGCAUAUGGGCGCCUAUAGGGAUGGGAGGGGGAGUGUAAAGUGGUGACCAAGUGAACCCAGUAAAAACAAAACGGUUACUGGGAGAGCAGAGUGGCCAAACACAGGCUUCUUAAUGGUGGUUUCAGUUACAGAGGAAUUCAUGAGGUGUCAGAGCUGCUUUGUUUAUCAACGAACUUGAGGAAUAUUUGACACAGAUACCGUCUUUGCUCUGUUCUCUGCAUUGUUCUGUGUGUAACCAACACCUUAUUGUCAUGUCAUGUAGAUUUGUCGGUUAAAGUGCAGGUUAAGAUUUAACAACAUAUGACCAGAGACUCUCAAACCUUGUUGUGCGAAAAAUUAGGGGUGGGAGAAAAAAUUGAUUCACAUAAGUAUUGCGAUUUUUUUGUUUUACAAUUUUUAAAUCGAUUUUUAUGCCCAAAAAAACAUUUGUUUUUUUUUUCAAAUGUAAGAAUAAAUCUUGAAAACUGACUAUGACUCUCCACAAGUUGUCCUUCAGGUCGUUAUCUUUGUAAUAUUUGUGUCUUUUAUCAAAAAGCACUCUGUUCUCCGACACGUAUACAAUCAGCCGGUCAGCCAUGUUGAAUGUACCGGUGAAUUUGACGUCGCAACAACAUGCAAUCUGAUUGGUCAGAAGUAGACACACAGUGUGUGAAACUUUAGAAAAUUGGACCAUGAUAUGAAAAAAUAAAUGCAGCAUACUGAAGACGGGAAAAUGUCGCUGAUGUGAACACCUGUAUUGACAGGAUACAGGUUCGAAAAAAAAUAUUGACGUUCGAAAUAAUCGCAUGAAAAAAAUGCUCCCGGUGGGUAAGCACCUUAAAAAUCGAGAAAAUCGUCAAUAUCGUAGAACCGCAAUUUAAAUCGAAUCGGCGUCCAAAAAAUCGUAGAAAAAUCGAAUUGUCCUGGCCCUACAAAAAAUGAUGUUUAAAGUUUGCAAACUCUAAAACACGUACAGUAAUAUCAACAGGUGAAAUAUAUUAACCAAAACUCUUCUUGAAACUGUAGAAUCACAUGAAGUAACCAAGUAUUCCUGAACAUGCAAUGAAAAUCUCUGCUCUCUCUCUCUCUUUUUAGGUGUGUACUUGCCUCUUCUGUGGGAGCAGAGUUUCUGCUGGAAGAGCCCCAUCGCUCUGGGCUACACACGAGGCCACUUCUCAGCACUUGUGGCCAUGGAGAACGACGGCUUUGACAAUCGCGGCGCAGGCGCCAACCUCAACACAGAUGACGACGUGACGGUCACGUUUCUACCGCUGGUGGACAGUGAAAGGAAGCUGCUACAUAUUCACUUCCUUUCAGCGCAGGAGGUAAGGACCUUCAGCUUCCCUGUAUUCAAUUUAUCCUACAGCUUUAAUCUCACCAGCUCCAAAGAUGAUGGGCUUCAGCAGCAGGUUAUCCUCAAACAGAGCUGUGUCACUGCUCCCUCUAAAGGCCGUGUGUGUUUCUCUUGUUCCUCAGAUGGGUAAUGAAGAGCAGCAGGAGAAACUUCUGCGGGAAUGGUUGGACUGCUGUGUGACGGAGGGCGGCGUCCUGGUGGCUCUGCAGAAGAGCUCCCGUAGACGCAACCACCCGCUCGUCACCCAGAUGGUGGAGAAGUGGCUCGAUGGCUACAGGCAGAUCCGUCCUUGCGCCUCUUUAUCAGACGGCGAGGAAGAGGAAGACGACGACGACGAGUGACAAAACUGAAGCGAGGGGGGCAGGACUCCUCUCCCUCCUCUCUGUCACUUUCUUUUCUUUUUUUCCUUUCCUGACACGGACAAACUGUGAAAGCCUUCAGGAGAGGACCGGGAACCACAAGCUCCCCCACCCACCCUUCACCUCUGACAGACGUCACUGCUACUGUUCUAGCACAGGCAGGCAUAACACUUUAGACACACCCACUCCUGACUAAACCUGAGACUGACAAAACUCCACCGCUGCACAGCACAGACCUGGGGAGAGAAUAAAGGUUCACAAAUGCAAACGAUCUUUUGACUUGUUUUGAUUUUCAAAUGUAAAGGAAAAAAGGAAUCUUUAUCCAUCAAUGUAAAUGCAUGUGGUUGUUGAAAAAGAGUAUAAGGAAAUAUACCAGCAAUGAUUGAAAUCAACACUUUAUAUCCGUUCAGUGUGGGCACUGACAAAAAGCACACUUCCAAAUUGAUCUUUCUGACUCGUUCUUUUCCAGUUGUAUAACAGUUAGCAUUUUGUUUUUGAAUGGGCAGGGACAAAGCCAAUAAAUAUCAUUAUCUUUAGACAACCAGAGAUUGUGUUAUAAUAAUAAUAAUAAAUGACUUUAAUCCUUAUUACUAAGCACUGCACAUUUAUUAAAACAUUUCUAUAUAAAUACAGUAACAUUGCUUGAAUUAAGGACAUAUAUGAAGCUCUUGAAAAGGGAGAUUUGUCUCUUUUACAAGUCAAACCUACACUCAUUAAGGUUUAGCACACGAACAUUCAUGUUGGAUCUUUGGUUUACCUUUUUUUCAGGCUGAUUGAGCUGAGAAGUUGUGUGUGUGUGUGCGUGUGUGUUUGGUUUAUCUUCUCUGAACUUACUCGACAUAUUUAUUGUUUGGAAAAAAAUAUUUUGAGCUACUAAAAGCUUUCUGUAUAUUUUUUUUCUCUCCUUUUUUUGUGGUUUUGUUAAAUGAUUCUUUCGAUCUUGAUGAAGACACGUUGCACAGAAACACUGUUGCUGUGAGGAAACCAACAAUGACCAUCAGUGAAAAGUUUACUUACGUUGUUGCGUGCGAUUCAGUACCUCAUCUGAUUGCCUAAAAUCUGGUGCUUUUGUUUUUUGGGCAGGCAAGCAUGGGAGUGAGACCAAGAGUACACUUAAUCUCAUUGUUGUUUCAUACUUCUUUGUCCUGUUUUUAUUUUUUCCUUCUAGCAUUUGUUAUCCAGGUCACCCUCAUGAUACACAUCCGUUCACCUCUGUAAUGCCUGUUUGUUGUCAUUAUGUGAAAGCAUCUUUUUGAUUUAAGGUCGUUGUGAAAGACUACAACAUAUUAAACCAAAGCUGACAGAAAAAAAAUAUAAAAAACACAAGAUGUCGUUACCUUUUUUGCUGUGAAUGUUUGCAUUUUGUUUUGUUUUUUUUCCCCUUGGCCAUUGUGUACUGUAACCUCUUUUGUGUGUCAUCUGAGUCAUACACGUUUUUGAGCAUCACCUGUAUGUUGCUUUGUAUUUAUGCAAUAGUUGCAGUUGUGACUAUGAUGGUUUGUGGAUUUAGGCCUGACUUCACUAUACAGAGUGUAACGCAAAGAGCAGGCAAAAUAAGGAAAAAAAAAUAAAGGAAAACCUUUUUGAAUGUCCAACUAAACUGUUUCCUGUCUGAU